CUCAUUUGGAUUCCAUGCAGACAGAUGAGGUGACGUACUCUGACAUUAACAUCAUCAAAACAGAAAAUGGCAACCAGAAGAAAAACAACAGUGAUGAAGAGGGAUCAAAUGUUGUCUACUCGCAGGUCAAUGUGCUGAAAAAGACACCAGCAAAUGACCCUCCAUCUGACUCCGGUGAUAUUUCUGCCCUGGCCAAACAUGACCCGGCUAACUCCUCCACAAAGUCACAUUCAGAGAAAGAGAGCCGAGCAUGCUUAUCUCUUCGAUGCACAGUACUCCUGCUCUCUGUUUGUGUUCUCUUGCUGGCCAUUGCUGUGACGAUGGGAGGGCUCUACAUUGUGAAAGAGGAGAAGUACUCAGGUGUCAAAGAGCAGUUAGACAUACUGUGGAUGGAGCACACUAAUGUAACUAUGGCUUUGAAUGCUACUCAGGUUAAUAUGUCAGAAAUUACACAGAUGAUGGACAUGCUGAUGGAAAACCUUACAGAAACUGAAAGGAUGUUAGCUGAUCACAAAAGCAAAAAUGAUAAUCUCACCAAGGAAAUCACAAAACUAAUGACUGAACUUCAAGGAGUGGGGAAGUGUGCAGAUGACUGGGAGUACCAUGAUGGAUCAUGUUACCACUUCUCCUCUGAUAAGAAGAACUGGGCAGAUAGCAGAGAUGCCUGUGUGACCAUGGGAGGACACCUGGUCAUCAUAAGGAGUGCAGCAGAAAUGGAUUUCCUGUGGAGCAAGGCAAAAGGACAGGCAUAUUGGAUUGGUCUAACUCAGGCUCAGCCAGAGGGGAACUGGCAUUGGGUGGACAACACACCCCUCACAGAUCCAAAAUUUUGGGGUCAAGGCCAGCCAGAUGACAGUGAAACAAACGAUCCAGAUAAUGGAGAAGACUGUGUCAUGAUCCCUCAUUGGGUAAAUAAGUGGAAUGAUUUACACUGUGGUGCAUCUUUGAAAAGAAUUUGUGAAAGUAAAAGCUGCAGGGGUUGAAUUCAAACUAAUGCAUAAAGUACAAAGAACACGCUCAACUCACAAAAUAUUUCAGCUGACUGGGUGCUUGUGCCCAUACAGAAUAAAUCAAAGAAAGCGAGAGUACAGCACUCCUAGUCAUGUAUAACUUUGUCUCUUUUUUCUUGCCUGUGACCAGACGUUUUGGGGUUCUCCCUUCUUCAGUGUCAGGACAUUCAAACUACUGUAAUGCAACCACAACAUACAUAUAUUCACAAGUUCACACAUUCAUUCAUCAGUAUCGUAUAAGCAAAAGCACCAAGUAUCGUCCCUUUCAUUCGAAAAUUCUAAAACAAAGAUGUGUUUUAAUACCUUAAAUAUAACAUCUGAUAAAUUAACCUUACAUUUUUGUGUAGAUUUGAACAAAAUCUGGUUUGGUUCUUUUCCGGGGCUUUUACCUCCUGAAAUAUCCAAUUUUGUGCUCGGCGUUUAGUGCUGGCCUAGUGGGUCGCAUAUUGUCGUCCUUUCACACGCUGUACAUCAAGGAUUCUAGAACAGAGCAAGAUAGAUCACAGGCCGGAUAAUACGAUAUGUUGAAGUACGUUCUAUGACUCCAUGGGCGCCAUUUUGGUAAGCUCAGGUGUCGUCACAGACGCUGGCUACCGUAGGAAUCCUAAAUAUUAACUGAUCCAUCUUGCUCCACUCUAGAAUCUUUGCUGUACAUCAAUGCUUAGCUCAUCGUUAAUCAAAAUUCCACUGGAGCUCGAAGCGGUUUUGUAAAUGCAGCCUUAACAGUGUUUUACAGCUCUUUGAGUCACAGUAAAAUGUCAUUUUUGGUACAUAACUAAUUUAGAUAAACUUAUGGUGUGGGUGCUUUUUUUACGAAUCCUCCAUCUUAGUUUGUAUAGAAAUUAAUAUUAAGUGACACAUACACGGAAGAGGACGACAAUAAGUGACGGACGCUUAUAUGUGACAUUCCAAUACUGACUUGAAUUGUAUUGCAUGUAACGUUAAAGGUUAGCCUAGAAAUCUAGACGCACCCUAGUGGCAGAAACAUUUUUUUGCCUAGCGGGAUGGUCUAGGGUCACACGAUUAAGGCCAAUCCUGCGUCCGGCACCAAGACAGCCGGUCCAAUCAGAACGCUCUAUCUGUGUACCGAGUACUUGAGCCUGCCUUAGCACGGUGACGACAGAGUUGCGAGACAGCGAGAUAGCAAAACAACCAUAGAGAACAACGAAGAUGGAUGAGGCUAAUGAAGCGCACUCGUUUGAAUCGGCUUUGGAAGAGUUAGACUUGGGCUUUUCUUUGAAGGUUGAGCAGAAAGAUGCACUCAAGUUAUUCAUUUAAAGAAGGACAUAUUUGCCGUUUUGCCGACGGGCUACGAUUGGUCACAAGUGCUGGCCUAUUACGUGCAGCUCUAGGCAGUUUGAAAGACACCGGUUCAUUCCAUCCACAGGCUUCAGCUUUGUGAAUGCUCGACUCCAGACUAAUGUAUAAUUUGGCUUGCCAGGCUAGUUAAAGGUGGCAAGAUAUGUUAAAGAUGUGACGUGAAUUUUAUUUUAACGCAUCACUUGUUAAUUAUGUUUCAUCUGAUUCCUGAAAUAAUAGGUCAUAUCAGGCAUCAGUCAAGACUUUUCUCUUUUUUUCCUGAAAUAUAAAUUACAGUAAUGUACUGUAUAUGACUGUGCACCACCUUCUGUAAACCAACUGUAUACUACUCUGUACUAUAUGUCCUGUCCUGUCUAUGCACCACUAUACUUCGCAUUGCACUUUUCUACUUUUCCGUUCUUCUGGUUAGAUGCAAAUUGCAUUGUCUUUGCGCUUGUACUCUGCACAAUGACAAUAAAGUUGGGAUUCAGUGGCAUCAAUUUGAUGUCUGGACUCGAAAAGAGUAAUUACACGUUUCAUUUUGUGUGAGGUCAAAGGUUUUUUUUCCUGAAAACUGUUAUUAUUGUAGCUGUAUUAUUUCACUCUUUCCAGUUUUGGAUUUGUUCCAUUUCCAGGAUACAUUCUGUCAAUGUACUUGUGAGGUUUGGAUUUAAAGUAUUUCUAUACACAGCCUUACAAAUGUAAAUUCAACUGGAAUUAACUUUGCAGGGUUUUGAUAGUUAUGACUUGUACCUAUAAGACCUUAAAGAGACCCUAUGCAACUUUUUCAUAGUCUUAAAAUCGCUUAGAAAUCAUUGUUUUGCUUGACUGACCAGUUUGAUCCCAGUGUCCCUAUAUCCGCUAUUGCAACCUUGCAGUGUGUUCAGGAGACGAUCGUUCCCUGUUUACAUCUGGAAGGCUGAGACGCAUAAAGAACAAGAAGAACCACGCUUGCAAUUUAUAUAUUUGUAUAUAGUCUAUAUAUGUAUAAAUAUACACGCUAAAGCUGUCGGGGAAGCUCUGCAGAGAAAUAUGCAAGCAUAAAACGAGCAAAAAUGAAAAACGAAACCGAAACUUAAGAUGAAAUCGUCAAUCCUGCAUACGUAGUUUCUCUUUAACCUGCUGUUCUUUACUGUUUAGAUAAUACACAAAAUUGAUGCUAAAGUCUCUGUCAGUCGUAUAUAUUUUUUUCCUAAAGAAUAUGUAAUAUAUGGGAGAAUAUUAUGAAUAAAGCAUAUGCUGGUUUAAUAAUUUGUUUGUUUGUACAGUAUAUGCCCACACAUAACCUGCCAAUAAAUUUAAUCAUUUGUUUGUUUGUUUA